CCGUUCGUGCCGACCGGAUGCGCGGAGGGAGGAACAAGUUUGGGCCCAUGUACAAGCGGGACCGUGCCUUAAAGCAGCAGAAGAAAGCUCUGAUCCGCGCCAACGGCUUCAAGCUGGAGACCGUGCCUCAGAUCAUGUCCCCGGUGCAGAACGACUACAGCCUGACCUCCACCAUCCACAGCAUCCACGCCAUGUCCAAGACCCUGCCGCCCAACCCCGCCGCCCUGACCCCCGUCGACUACGAGCGCAGCCCCUACGGGACCCCCUCCCUGGGAAUGACUGUCCCCAGCCACACGCCGCUCCCCACCUACCACUACCCCGCCUUCCCCAACCGCACCAUCAAGUCCGAGUACCCCGACCACUACACAACCGUGCACGAGUCCGUGCCUGCCUACGUGUACCCAGAGACCUACCCCAGCAGCUCCCCCCCAGAUAUCCCCGAGGUCAUCCUGAAGCUGCUGCAGCUGGAGCCCGACGAGGCGCAGGUGAAGGCGCGGAUUCUGGCCUGCCUGCAGCAGGAGCAAGGCAAAGGCCGGCACGAGAAGCUCAGCACCUUCGGCCUCAUGUGCAAGAUGGCCGACCAGACCCUCUUCUCCAUCGUGGAGUGGGCGCGGAGCUGCAUCUUCUUCAAGGAGCUGGAGGUGGGAGCCUGG